CCUGCUGAUAUUCAUGUGAUUUCUCACGCAACACAACGUAUUAAUCAUAGCCGUGACUAGUUGGCAUUUAAGAAUUAUAUCCUUUGGAAGAUCUUCGAAUCUACACGAAAUGGGAUUUUAAUAAUUCUACAUAUGGAUCACAUUCACCUAUAUAUAUAUAGAUAUGCUAUGCAUUGAGAUAAAACAUGAGAUAGGGAGAGAGUGUAGUAGAGAGAGGGGUUAAGAAAUGGAGAAAAGAGUAGAGAAGAGAAGGAUAGUGUUGGUUCCACUUCCAUUACUAGGACAUUUCACUCCGAUGAUGCAACUCGGCCAAGCCCUUAUCUUGAAGGGAUUCUCAAUUAUAGUUCCUCAGGGAGAAUUCAAUCGAGUAAACUCUUCGCAGAAGUUCCCUGGUUUUCAAUUUAUCACCAUACCAGAUUCUGAACUCGAGGCAAAUGGACCAGUCGGGUCUCUAACACAGCUCAACAAAAUUAUGGAGGCAAGCUUCAAGGACUGUAUAAGGCAGUUGUUGAAACAACAAGGCAAUGAUAUUGCAUGUAUCAUCUACGACGAGUUCAUGUAUUUUUGUGGAGCCGUAGCUGAGGAGUUGAAGCUUCCCAAUUUCAUCUUCAGUACUCAAACUGCUACACAUAAAGUUUGCUGCAAUGUUUUAAGCAAACUUAAUGCCAAGAAGUACUUGAUCGACAUGGAAGAGCAUGACGUGCAAAACAAGGUAGUGGAAAAUAUGCAUCCAUUAAGAUACAAAGACUUACCAACUGCAACAUUUGGAGAACUAGAACCUUUUUUGGAGCUCUGUAGAGAUGUAGUCAACAAAAGAACAGCCUCUGCUGUUAUCAUCAACACCGUGACCUGUCUAGAGAGCUCGUCUCUCACAAGGCUGCAACAAGAACUCCAAAUUCCGGUGUAUCCAUUAGGCCCUCUUCACAUUACAGAUUCAUCGACAGGAUUUACUGUGCUGCAAGAGGAUAGGAGCUGCGUUGAAUGGCUGAACAAGCAGAAACCAAGGUCUGUCAUAUACAUAAGUUUAGGAAGCAUGGUUCUCAUGGAAACCAAGGAGAUGUUAGAGAUGGCUUGGGGAAUGUUGAAUAGCAACCAACCUUUCUUAUGGGUCAUCCGACCUGGAUCUGUCUCAGGCUCCGAGGGGAUAGAGUCAUUGCCAGAGGAAGUCAGUAAGAUGGUUUUAGAGAAAGGAUACAUUGUGAAAUGGGCACCACAAAUAGAAGUACUAGGACAUCCCUCAGUGGGAGGCUUUUGGAGCCACUGUGGAUGGAACUCAACACUCGAGAGCAUUGUGGAAGGAGUUCCAAUGAUUUGCAGGCCUUAUCAAGGCGAGCAGAUGUUAAAUGCAAUAUAUCUAGAGAGUGUAUGGAGAAUAGGGAUUCAGGUAGGAGGUGAACUGGAAAGAGGAGCCGUCGAGAGAGCUGUGAAGAGGUUGAUUGUGGAUAAAGAAGGUGCAAGCAUGAGGGAGAGAACCCUUGUUUUAAAAGAGAAGCUCAAAGCCUCUAUUAGAGGUGGAGGCUCCUCAUGCAAUGCAUUAGAUGAGCUUGUCAAGCACUUGAAGACAGAGUGAAGAAUUAGAAUGCAAUGAUUUUUUUGUUAAAUGGUUUUUUUAAAGAGUUAAUGAUGCAUAUUUUUCAAAGUAGAUGAUUUUCUAUGCGCAAAUAAAAAAGUUAUUGGAACCAGAGGAAAGAUCCAAGCUUUUCAAAUUCAAGGAACGUCAUUGUUCUAAUUCGUAUUUAACAUUCCCAAUUAUGUAUAGAUCAUCACAAAAAUUCUAUAUUGACCAAAAUAUGCGUUUACUCUUUCGAAAAUGUUAGCUUCUUCCUUCGUUGA